AUGGUGGCUUGUGACGGUUGUAAAGCAUGGCUGCAUUUCAGUUGUGCAGGAGUUAGUCCCGGAGUGGAAAAUCGUGAGUUUCGGUGUGAAAAUUGCACCGCGAAGCGGGAAAAGAAACGGAAGGGUAAGAAUGUGGAAAAUCCUCCACCGAAACCCAGCUCGAAGAAAUCCGCUACGCAGAAUCUCCCCAUGCCAUCGACCUCCGGAGCGGAAUCUGCUGAGGAAGCAGAAACUGGUGAAAACGGUAGCAGUGUUGCUGGUGAUAAUCUGGGUGAUGAAAAACCCUCGGAAAAAGCAGCUGGAAGUGAUUUGGAAACAGCUGAAUCGAGAGUGCAGAUCGAGUUCCGUCGUAUGGAAGCACAACUCUUGAAAGCGGAAAAGGAGCUCAAAAUGGAACAACUUAUCCGUGAAAGGCAGCUGAAAGUAGAGAGGAUUCUGGCCGAGAAGCGACUGUCGAUGGAGCGGGAGCUUAAGGAGAAACAGCUUGCGCAAGAGAAGCUUAUGUUGGAAAAACGGUUAGCUGAAGAGGCAGCGUUCCAGCAGAAGAGACGUUCACUCAGGGAAAAGUUCGAGUGUGAGAAGUCCGAGCUUAACGCAGCUGCCAAUGAUGAGCAAGAAGGCGCGGUUGGAGGAAAGCUGGAGAAGAAAAGUGCACUUGGUGGGAAGCACCACAAAGUAGGUGAUAUCGAGCCCUCCCACAGCCGUGUGUUUGACUGGUUGAAGAACAAGAAGAUUCCAACUCACGGCACUAGCAACGUUGGUGCGCACGAAACCCCUAUGCGGAAUCCCGAUGUGGUCAGACACCAGCAGAGAGGAAAAUGUGCUGUACAGGAGGAGCAAGACAGCAACGACGAUGAGAGCGAUGAAACACCAGAAGCUGAAACCGCUUCAGUAGAAAGUUCGGAAACCCGCGCAUCCGUGGCCUGCAAUUCACUGGCUGGCACAGCAUCGCGCGAGGAGUCUGCUGUAGUUCCAGGACCGAGCAAACCGUGCCUCAUUUGCCAAAAGUAUGGCCAUCGAAUAAGAAACUGUGACAAAUUCCGCGGUCUUGGUCUAUCCGAUCGCGUCAAACUGAUGCGGCAACGUAAGUUGUGUGAACGAUGCUUGAAUGAUCAUGAAGGUUGGUGUAAAUUCAAAAUCACCUGCAACGUUGGUGACUGUCGUCAGCGGCAUCAUCCUUUGGUCCACCACGAUGGAGCAUCGGCCAGGAUAGUCCCUCAACCAACACCGACGCAGGCGCAAAAUCCGGAAUUUCACCACGCCCACGUUUCUACGAAGAUGUCGGUGAUUUUUCGCAUCAUCCCAGUCACUCUUCACAACGGGUCGAAAUCCAUAACAACGCUCGCCUACCUAGACGAAGGUUCUUCGAUGACGCUAAUCGAAGACAGUCUAGUUGCUGCACUGAACGCAAAGGGAUUUCCGCAGCCGCUAACGCUGCAGUGGACUGGUAAUAUCGUUCGCCAGGAGCCGGCUUCGGAGUGUCUGACACUUAAGAUAUCUGGAGUUGGGAGCAGAAAACGCUUCAAUCUCACCAACGUACGAACCGUGAAGAAAAUGCACCUGCCGAAACAAGGAGUAAACUUCGAGGAUAUUGGUAAGCGGUAUAGUCACCUGAAGGGUCUACAUGCAGCAAACCGAGCCAAUGACGAGCCGAAGGUUUUGAUUGGCCUAAACAACGUCUAUCUACUGGCACCUAUCGAGUCGCGGAUUGGAAAACCUAACGAGCCAAUCGCCGUUCGAUCGCAGUUGGGCUGGACGAUUUACGGUCCACGGGAGGUUACCACGUCAGGUGAAUUAUUAGGUCUUCACGUCAGCCUCACGAACGAAGAGCUCCACGACCAAAUCCGAGAAUUCUUCACCAUAGAAGAAACAAAUGUCUCUGUACGCGCACUUCCAGAGUCCGAAAUGGAUCGCCGAGCAAAGGAAAUACUGAAAACCACCACAGUUCGAGUCGAAGGUGGUUACGAAACGGGUCUCCUUUGGAAAAAGGAUGACUUCCAGUUCCCGGACAGCAAGAGAAUGGCAAUCAAGCGUCUUGACCACCUAGAACGCCGUCUAAAAAAGAAUCCAGUCAUCGAGCAAAAUGUGAGGUUGCAGAUAGAAGAAUACCAAAGGAAGGGUUAUGCCCACAAAGCUUCACUUGUCGAGUUGGCAAAGGCAGACCCACGGAAGGUUUGGUAUUUGCCUCUGAAUUACGUUCUUCACCCGAAAAAGCCGAACAAGGUCCGGCUUGUCUGGGACGCUGCUGCCCAAGUAGACGGUGUCUCACUAAAUUCAAUGCUUCUCACCGGUCCCGAUUUUCUAACAUCCCUGACAGCGGUAAUUCAACGGUUCCGUGAGCGACUGGUGGCUUUUGGAGCCGAUAUAUGUGAGAUGUUUCACCAAAUUUGGAUGAGGGAGGUUGACAAACAUGCCCUGCGUUUCCUUUUCCGAACCGAUCCAUCAGCCAAAGAUCCGGACGUAUUCUUGAUGGACGUAAUGACGUUUGGCGCGGCGUGCUCUCCAGCGUCUGCACAAUACAUAAAAAAUUUAAAUGCUGCGCAGUUUGCCGAACGAUUUCCAGAAGCGGUGAAGGCGAUAAUCCGUCGCCAUUAUGUCGACGAUUACCUGGACAGCGCGGAUAGCGUUGACGAAGCGAUCGAGCGAGCGAAGCAGGUCAGAUACAUCCACUCUCAGGCGGGUUUUGAGCUACACCACUGGGUUUCAAACUCGGAUGCGUUCCUCGCUGAUCUUGGGGAAUCCGAGGUUGAAGAAAGGAUCCCGUUACACGACAGCAAGGAUAACAAGACGGCCAGGGUUCUAGGCAUCAUCUGGUGUCCAAAGCAAGACGUGUUCACCUUUUCAACCUCUUUACGGGACGAUCUGAUUCCUUACCUGACCACACCGAAGCGACCAACAAAGCGCAUUGCGCUAAGCUGCAUCAUGUGCCUCUUCGACCCGAUAGGGUUGUUGGCGCCUUUCACAAUCCAGGGAAAAAUCCUGAUGCAAGACCUGUGGCGAGCGGGUUGCGAAUGGGAUCAGGAGAUGGAUGACCAGUCUUACGCCAAAUGGACGCAUUGGAGAUCCUUACUGCCGCAAAUCGAGAAGUUGAAAAUACCUCGAUGCUACCUGCGUGGUGCACCUCCUGAAACGUAUAGUUCCCUACAGCUCCAUGUGUUGGUAGAUGCGGGGGAAAAGGCAUAUGGUGCCGUUGCAUUUUUCCGUGUUACGACUCCAAAAGGAUCACGAUGUUCGUUAGUGAUGGCCAAAACCAAGGUAGCCCCUUUGAAGCCAUUAUCUAUUCCCCGUCUGGAGCUGCAGGCGGCCGUUUUGGGCGUACGGCUUCUCAACACCGUUGUUGCAAAUCACGAUGUGCAGAUAACAAAACGCGUGCUGUGGACCGACUCGAGAACGGUCCUGUCUUGGAUACGGUCGGAUCACCGAAACUACAAACCGUUUGUUGCGUUCCGGAUCGGGGAGAUUCUUCAAGAAACAGUAGUGGACGAGUGGCGCUGGGUACCAACCCGAUCUAACGUGGCAGAUAUGCUCACCAAGUGGGGCAACGGGCCGGUUUUGGACAACAACAGCGCCUGGUUCAAUGGCCCUGACUUUCUUCAGCUACCGGAGGAAUCAUGGCCUACACAAAAGCUUCCUCCAUCUAACACUACCGAAGAACUUCGAGCAUGUCACAUGUUCCACAAUGAUCAACUCUCCGAGCCGCUGAUAGAUGUCACUCGAAUUUCCCGUUGGAAAGUGGUUUUGCGCACAGUUUGCGUGAUUUUCCGCUUCAUUUCGAACUGCCGAAGACGAGUUCAAGGACGAACAGCUGAACCGAUUGAGGUUUCAGUUAAGCUGCAACGGAUUUCCCUGCGUGCGCCAGUAAAGACGGUCGUUCCACUGAAACAGGAGGAGUAUGAAAAAGCUGAGUUGGUGCUGUGGAGGUUGGCGCAACGUGAGUGCUUUCCCCACGAGAUUACGAUUCUUUCCAAAAACCAAGCGCAUCCGAAGGAGAAAUGGUCAACGGUAGAAAAGACGAGCAAGCUCUACCGUUUAGGACCGUUUCUGGACGAACACCAAGUUCUACGAAUUGACGGUCGAACGAAGCUGGCAGAGAUGGUUCCGUACGACACCCGUUUUCCCAUCAUUUUACCGAAGAAUCACCCAAUUACCGUUCUCGUGCUGGAGCACUAUCAUCGACACUUUGCCCACGGUUUCAAGGAAACAGUCGUCAAUGAACUUCGACAACGUUUUUACAUCCAAAAUAUUCGAGCGUGUGUGGGGAAGGUAAUCAAGGCGUGUCAAUGGUGCAAAGUUCGGAAAUGUCAACCACGAACUCCGAAGAUGGCUCCCUUGCCAGUCGAGCGUGUAACACCGUUCAUGAAGCCCUUUAGCUAUGUUGGGAUUGACUAUUUCGGCCCGGUAACAGUAGCAGUAGGGCGGCGUGUCGAAAAGAGGUGGGUCGUUGUCUUCACGUGCCUGAGUGUGCGAGCUAUCCACCUGGAAGUGGCCCAUAAGCUGAACGUGGAUUCUUGUAUCAUGGCAAUCCGCCGAUUUGUUCUGAAAAGAGGUCCGCCAAUCACCAUCUUCUCUGACAACGGCACGAACCUUAAGGCUGCCAGUAAGGAACUCCAGGAGCAGAUUCGACGGAUCGACACGGCUGGCGCAAACGUCUUCACGAAUGCUAGAACGCGUUGGACAUUUAACCCGCCAUCCGCCCCUCAUAUGGGCGGAGUAUGGGAGGCUGCCAUGGCAGCCCUGAUCACCGUAGACCGGCUCAACGAUGAGAUCCUUCUCACCAUCAUCGCGGAAGUAGAGGAAAUAGUUAACGCUCGGCCGUUGAUCUACAUGCCAGAUGAUCCUAUAAACCCAGAAGCGCUAACCCCCAACCAUUUCGUCAAAGGAAGUUCUACUGGUCUUCAGGACCCUAGCAUCGCACCAACGAAUUUGGCAGAAGCACUUCGUAGCUCCUACAAACGUUCACAAUACGUCGCCGACGAACUGUGGAAGCGCUGGCUUAAGGAAUAUUUACCGUCGUUGAAUGUUCGGACCAAGUGGCUGGAGAGCAGUGAACCACUGAAAGCAGGAGACCUGGUGUUCAUCGUCGACGACCAUGGCCGGAAUGGCUGGAUUCGUGGCCAAGUUGAGCAAGUCAUCCCGGGCAAAGAUGGACACAUUAGACAGGCUAUUGUUCGUACGAAUAGUGGACUGUUUCGACGACCGCUGGUCAAACUUGCUCCUAUCGAGAUGGCGAAGGUUGGUAAAUCUGUCCCGGAAGUUGACCCUGGACAAGGUUUACGGGCCGGGGAAGUGUUAAGCCCACUGUGCAGCAAGUCAGCGAUGAGUCUACCUCACUGGUAA